AUGGGUGAACACCUCGCGCUGCUGGUGGACCGGCUGCUCACGGAGUCCACGCUGGAGGCGGCCAUCGUCAGCAGGAAGCAGGCUGAGCCGGAGGACACGCCGGCGGCGAUCGUCUACUGCUGUGACAUCGCCGCCGCUACCGGCGACCCGAGCAAGAUGGUGGAGUGCAGGAUCUGCCAGGAGGAGGACUGGGACACCGGCAUGGAGGCCCCCUGCGCCUGCCGCGGCAGCCUCAAGUAUGCCCAUCGAAAAUGCAUCCAGCGUUGGUGCAACGAGAAGGGCGACACCAUCUGCGAAAUAUGCUUGCAGCAAUUCAGGCCAGGCUACACUGCCCCACAGCAGCUGUUCCACUAUGGAAGCAUACCAAUGAACUUCAGGGGGAACUGGGAGGUUGCGCGGCACGAUCUCCACGACUCUCAGGUCAUAACAAUGGUGCCCUCGGAGCGCGACUUCAUGGACGAGUACGACGACUACUUUCCAGUCAGGACGAGGAGCAGCGCCCUGUGUUGCCGGACAGUCGCUAUCAUUUUCCUGGCCCUCCUGGUUCUCCGGCACACUCUUCCUCUCAUGGUCGGCGGCGACGGGGAGUACUCGUUUGCUCUGUUUUUGCUUCUUGUGCUGAGGACAGCUGGGAUUCUGUUCCCAAUCUUGGUGAUGGUGAGAGCAAUGGCAACCUUCCAUCGUCGUCGUCGCCAACAGGGAAACCAGGGAACUUACAUGUUCUUCUCGGACACCGACGACGAUGAUGACGGGGAGGAAGAAGAAGAGGAUGCCGACGCCGAUCCUGCGCUGCCUCGCUACCAACCACGCCUUAUCCCCGUCUACUGA